CUCCUCUCCACUGAGCUGAACUUCACAUUCAGGCAGCAUUUUACACAAUAAUCCAACCAUAUCAAGAAGGUGAAACAUCCUAAACUGUAACCAGGCUUAACAUAAAGAGCUACACCGGUAAAUUAGUAAGGUUCAGCUGAACUGUCAACAUUCUUCAACUAAAUAAGCAAAAAGCUGAGGAACAGCAUGGAACUUCCUCUAAUGUCAAGUGUGAAUAUUAUGCUGUUGGGCUCGACUGGAUCAGGAAAGAGUGCGACAGGAAACACCAUCAUAGGUGGAGAUAGAAAACUAUUUGAAGAAGAUUUUUCUCCUGAGUCUGUAACCAGAUUCUGUGAUUCAGAAGAUACAGAGGUGGAUGGACAAACAAUCACAGUGAUCGACACUGCAGGACUCUCUGAUACAUCGAAGAAAAUUACAGAUGUUCAAAUUGAAAUAGAGAAGAUAUUACAGAGUACAAAUAAUGGUAUUGAUGUGUUUCUGCUGGUGAUCAAACUGGGUCAGACAUUCACAGAGAAGGACAGUAAAAUAGUGCAGUGGAUCAAGGAUAAUUUUGGAGCAAAGGCCUUAAAUCACACAAUAUUGCUCUUUACUCAUGGAGACCAGUUACAUAUAUCAGUGGAGAGAUACCUGAAUAAAUCUGAAAAACUGCAGUCGGUUGUUGAUCAGCAUUCAGGACGCUAUCAUGUUUUUAACAACAAAGAUAAAGAUCGAUCUCAGGUCACUGAGCUUCUGAAAGACGUCAACAAACUGAGGAAAACUCCUGGAUACAAGAGAUACACUGAGCAGGACUAUAAGGAGACUCAGGAUAAAAUUGUACACAAGAAAUGUCUCACUGGAACAGUAAAAGGUGGAGGAGUAGGAGGUGUAUUGGGAGGAGCAGGAUGUGCAGUAGCUGCUAAAGCAGGAGCAGUUGCAUUAACUGUAGGAAAAGCAGCAGUAAUAGGAGCAGCAGGAGGUGCAGUUCUGGCAGCAGCAGCAGCUGGUGCUGGAGUGUAUUUUUUUGCAAGAAAAUGUAUUCAGAGGUAAAAAAAAAAAAAAAAGGGAUUAAAAGACCCUCAGCAUAACUAAAAUAACUCUUGUAUAUAAUAUUAAUAGAACAAAAACAUUUGAAAACACAUUUACUGUCACAACGACUCAUUACAACCAAUGCUUCAAAAUGGAUAUACACAUAUAUACAAUCAAAAUGGAGUUUUUUUAUUAUAUAUAUAUAU